CUCAUGAAAUGACCAUAUUGACUCUCUCAGACCUGGAGCCGGUGAAAAUAAUACAUACAUAAAUGUCUGCGAGGUGCGAAUGAACUGAAAACGUCUUUAAUAACUAGUAACUCAGUCGUGUGUGAGGGACAUGAGAGAAGAGUCCAGCGGCUCUCACGACAACAGCCUGAUGGGAGAAGCAGAAUGUCUCCGUUUGUCCUCCGGUUCGUCUGUGGGCGGCCUCGACCCGCGCCCCCCCGACCGCUGCUCCCGGUCCAGCACUGAGCCCUCAGAGGACGGGCGGCCCGUCAGCGCGGUGUCGUCCGGGUCCUCCGUCGAGGGGAGCGCUGGUCCGCCGUCCGGCAUCGACCUGGAGCUCAGUCCCCCGGCGGGGCCGGCGGCGCCCGGGUUCGAGUGGUCGUGUUCAGAUCCUCCGUCUCCGUUUGCCACCGUCAGCAUGGCGCCGAACCCCCAGCUCUCCUACGUGGAUCGAGUCGUAAUGGAGAUCAUUGAGACGGAGCGGAUGUACGUCAGGGAUCUCCGCAGUAUUGUAGAGGAUUAUCUUGUGCACAUCAUAGACACCAGGAACCUUCCCAUCAAACCAGAACAAGUGUGUUCGCUGUUCGGGAAUAUUGAACACAUUUACGAGUUCAACAGUGAGUUAUUGCAGUCGUUAGACAUGUGUGCCAACGAUCCCGUGGCCAUUGCCCGCUGCUUUGUGGACAAGAGCAACUAUUUCCAGAUCUACACGCAGUACUGUACAAACUACCCUAAUUCAGUGGCGGUGUUGACAGACUGUCUGAGGAAUAAAACUCUGGCCAAGUUCUUCAGGGAUCGACAGGCGUCGCUCAAGCGCUCUCUUCCUUUGGGUUCUUACCUGCUCAAACCGGUUCAGAGGAUCCUGAAAUACCACCUGCUGCUUCAGGAAAUUGCCAAACACUUUGAGCGUGAGGAGGACGGGUAUGAUGUGGUGAUCGAGGCCAUAGACAGCAUGACGGGGGUCGCCUGGUACAUCAACGACAUGAAGAGGAAACACGAGCAUGCAGUGAGACUUCAGGAGGUCCAGUCUCUGCUCCUCAACUGGAAGGGUCCUGAUCUGACCACUUACGGAGAGCUGGUUCUGGAAGGAACGUUCCCCGUCCACCGGGCCAAGAACGAGAGAACCCUCUUCCUGUUUGAUAAGAUGCUGCUCAUCACCAGGAAAAGAGGAGAACAUUACGUCUUCAAGACUCAUAUCUCGUGUUCCACACUAAUGCUGAUAGAAAGUGCCAAAGAUUCGCUUCGGUUCAGCGUGAUGCAUUACAAGCACCCGAAGCAGCCGCACACAGUCCAGGCCAGAACCGUGGAGGAGAAGAAACUCUGGGCUCAUCACAUAAAGAGACUCAUUCUGGAGAACCAUCACGCCGUUAUCCCGCAAAAAGCCAAAGACGCCAUCCUGGACAUGGACUCAACAUGUCCAGUAAAGUACCGUUACAGCCCAGACAGACUGAAGAAAGCCACGUCCUUUCAGGCUGACGAUCUCUCUGGAGUUUCACUGAAGGAACGGAGACGUUCUGAACCGGGAAAACGAACUGUACGAAGCACUAAAGGCAGGCUUAAGCAUGCAGACAGCGAAGGUACUCUAUUAGUGGAUAAAGACCGUCUGUCCAUACUGCCCACUACCAACGUCACGGCGCGUUCAAAUCCAGACCUGAAGACUGCAGUACCUGGAAUGGUUCAGAGCGGACAAGAUCUUGAAUCUAGCACAAGCUCGCUGCAUGACGUCAAGGAGAGGAGAUUUCGUCUUGAGGAGGAGGAAGAGAAAGCAAAGACGCCCGCAGAGGACCGGAUAGGAGGAGAUAACGGAGAAGAGGAAGAUCUGAUGGGGGUUGAGCAGGUAGCUGACUUUGCCAGUUCAGUGUUGGCCGCCAUCUCCUGCUGGCGGUAUAGGGCCAAGGCUUUGCUUUUUGAUCAGAUCACAACGGACAGAGAAGGUUGUUGGGAGAACUGGCCAAUGAACAAGAGCAGUCAGACACCUUGUGAAGAAAAGCCUGAUGACAUGAAUGAAACUUUGACUCUCUUUGGACCGGGCACAACUGGGGAACACAGUUCACCGAACACAGAGUCAGAGGAGAUGAGGAUGGACCAAUCAGAUAAUUAUCCUGAAAUGUGUGGGACAUUAAUGGCACGAUGCCACACUGAUCCAGAGAUAGUAGACUUCAAUAAUGGAGGACGAGAAAUUGGAGAGGAUAUAAAGAAGGAUAGUGUGGAUUUCUCAUCCACUGAGGAAGGAACGACUCCAUGCAGAAGUAACCUCUCGGAAGAUGUGCAGAAUAUGGAGGUCGAUGUUGAUGUUGAAGUGCCUGGUGGACUCUUGUCUUCAUCCAUGCUGGACAAGGCAAGUGAUAUCCCAGAGCGGUGUACCAGCAGCCUCUCUCAAAGUAGUCUUGGAGUCGAAGGGUCGUUUGAUCUCGACUCUUUGGAAGAUAGAAGAAGCAGUUUGCUAAGCGGAGGUGCAGAUCCCCAUGAGAAAGACAAAUCCCAAGAAUUUAGACGGUCUACUCCAGAACACAAAACAGAGACUGUUCCUGACAGCCCGUUCGUUCCAGACCAAAGACCUCAAAUGAAACAAGACACCCUUUCCAAAAAGGACCGAUUGCUCAUACAUAAGAUUAGACACUACUACGAACAUGCUGAGAAUCAGGACUCCAGCUUUGGUGUUAAACGCAGAGAGAGCCUUUCAUACAUCCCUGCAGGCCUAGUGCGCAAUCUGAGUCAACAACUCAAUGACCUUGCAGACGAAGAUGUGGCAUUACACAGGAGGGGGUCUUCUGUAACAAGGCCAACUUUAUGGUCCGUCUUUAAUCUACCAGGCUUGGACGAUGAAAAGAAAGCAAAGGACAGUUCCGACUUUGUGGUUUCUGCAAAUGGCAAAGAGUCCGUGCUUGGACCUCACAUUGGAAAUGAGCAAUUCCAGCCCGCAUCUGACAUGGUCAAGGUGUGGCAAGACAUGGAAGUGGAGAUAACUGGGUCUUCUGAAGAGCAUCAGGACUUAGAGAAUUCCCAAACGACUACACCUGUACAAGAAACAAAAGCUGAAACUAGUAAGGUGAGCUCUGAUAGUGGACUUGGAGAACCUCUACUAAUAUUGGAAGAAUCCGAUGAAAGCUCAACCUCAUCCCCAAUCAACAACAUCUUAGAAAAGGACAAGAUGCAAGAGUUUCGGAGCCAUCCAAAUGAGGAUCGCACGUUCCACAAAGUCAACCACCCUCCCCUACCAAGGAUCAUCUCUUUAAGGUCCGCCAAUGAGGAUGACCUCGUCCUUCAAGAUAUGGAGAAGAUGAAAAACAAAGUGUUCCAGUUAGCCAGGCAAUACAGUCAGCGGAUCAAAAACAGCAGACCAGUAGUAAGGCAGAGACCCAAGAUCUCAGAGAUCAAUUUCAUACCCAAGAACCUGUCUUCGGUCAUGGAGGAGAGACCUCCGGGAAAGGAGAAAGGCAUGCCUGACAGGACACUGUUGCUGACCUUGAAUGAGCAGGACAUUAUCCCGGACUCUAAGACUACUAGUCCACCUUCCAGCCUCUGUUCUCCUGGAAGUCCUCAAUUGCCAUACUUUUGCAGAUUAAAUGCCCAGAGACCACAAAGUCCAGUACAAACAGAGAGCUUUCACUGGCCAGAUGUAAAGGAGUUACGCUCCAAAUAUAAUAGCCGAGAGGACGUAUCCGCUUUCUCUCGUCCGGUCCCAGUGGGUCGCAGUAACUCUUUUCCAGAGAGAAUUCUGGAUGACAGAGAGACAUCGGAGAAGUCCGGAGCAUCACGUUCCUUGUCUUGUUCAUCCCCUUCCUACAGUGUCACAGUGCAGAGAAGUACAUCCACAGAUUCUGCAUGUUCCAGCAAGACCCUUGAAGCUGAAGGUUUGCCUUCGCUGUGUAGAGUUAAAACUUUAGAUUUUGAUGUGGGGACAUCGCAUGCACUUGAGCAACCGGAUGACUUUUUUGACCCUGGUCUAGAUACCCUGUCCAACCUAAUUGUUGUCGAAAGGGCAGCAAGAGGUGAGGAUAGUAAUGAGAAUCAACUAAAAUGGGAUGCUGUUUCACAAUCUGAACUUGCAAUGUCGAACAGUAAAGAGCAAAACUUUAGUGCAUGGAUGGAUGGAGGUCACCCACCAUGCUCAUUUGAAAAAGCGGAGAACAGUCAGGAUAGUUUGGUUAAAAACCUGCGUGAGAAAUUUCAGAACCUGAAUUCUUAUACGUGAGUCUUAUAAAGCAAUAUUUUUACUCCAAACACAUUCAGAACCUUAAAAUAUCUUAAAGCUAACAUUCUUUUCUCCAAAAAUUGUCAUUUGGCCACUGUUUUAGAGGCAUAGUACAUGGUCUGCAUGUUUUUUUCUUAACCUCCAGUUAUGAACUGUCAGCAAAUGUUGUCCAAACCAACUGGAAAAGGGAUGCCUUAGGACUUCAGAGAACAUAUUUAUAAAAUGUGCAUUUGUAAAUACAUGUAAAUUCGAAUUUUUCUGCAUUAUUUUGUGCGUGUUUCAAUGAGAUGUAAACAUUUAUUAAAGGAGCUGGCUGUGGUACUGUCAUCUUUUUGUAACGUUUAGAAAAAUGGUUUGAUACGCAUUUUUUCCUUUGGUCAUUUUGAAAUAAAAAACAAUAAGGAAGAAAAUAGAAUAGCUCAGUGCACACUAUGUUACAAAGGCACACAAAUUUGUCAUGUUAUCAGAAAAGUAAAAGCACUGCCAUAUUAAAUGCAAUCCGUUCUCAAUGUGCACUGCCUGAUGUCUCUUCACUGUUUGUGUUCGAGCACUGACCAGAGGAAAGAGGGUAAUCUCAUAAAGAAGUCAUUCCCACUAAUGAGGAGAAAACUGGAAAUUAUAAUCAGAUCAAGCCAGAUGAAUGAUAAAGGCUGAUGUCAUUCCCAAAAUAAAUGGAUAAGUCAUUUGAGCAACAUAUUAAUGCACAGUCACAGAAAGUGUCUUCCUCACUGUAUUUGGAUAAAUAUUUUCAUUUAAUGGGAGUUAUUAUAAGCUAGCUGGUUUUGGUUAUAUUUUUUCUGCUCAUUGGCGGGGUUGAUGUCACUGUUAUUUUGUAUAUUUAAUCCUUUUUAUUUAUUUGAAUUGGUGUAAAUAGUAUGCACAAUGCCUUUGUUGACUUUUUUGUAAUAAAAAAAAUGUUCAGUUCAUAUUCUAUUUUUCUGUCAUACUACAUUAAAAGAAGCUUUCCACAUUA